CAGUGUCAGUGGGGAGUGAGCUGCAGGGGGUGUGCAGAUUGAGCAGCAAUGGCUGCUGUUGGUGUGCGAUCCAAUGCAAAGCAAGUACUGAAAUGACUGAUUUGGCAACACCAACAGGCUUUACUUGACCUUUAAAGAAGCUGUCUAAUGUUUUCUUCAGUCCUUCUAGUUUCAGUAUGUGACAAUAUUAUCUUGUAGAGUAUAGAAUUGAUAUGACAUAUGAUAGCUCACAGCUGGCUGUUUCUCUUCUCUCUUUUUUAUAACGUAUGGUGCAUAUUUGUGUGAGGGAGAAAGCAGAGUGCUCUAUUUUCAGUCUUUGAUUUAUACGGCGUCCCAGACGUAUAAAUCCUAUCCAUGUGAAUAAAAAGCUUCACAGUUCCCCUCUGGUUUGAUGUACUUUCUAAUUCCUUUGGUAAAUAUGUUGCUGUAUGUGAGGGUAUUUCUUACUGAAGAGGAAGAUAACGUAUGUUGUAUAGUAGAGAAUGACACGCUCAGAGUAUUAGGCAAUGGUCUGGGCAUGGUGUAAGUACAGGGAGGACUGUACCGAGUGGGGGACAAGUCAGUUCAUUAAGGUUUUUUACAUGAGAUUGCUGUGGGCCUAGUAACUUCAAAUGACCCAACUCGGAAGACAUGGAAAGUGACGAGUCCCACUAAGAUGAUCUUUGUGCUUUACACAGUUUGACCACUAGUUGUCGCUCUCGUCAGUUUUUGCCCCAGACAGCACGCAAGGCGUCGCGGCGCUCCCAGUCUCCGUCCUCCAUCCGCUGGUAUGGCAAGCCUUGUGGGUGACGUCAUCGUCCGGGCGCAGGGCGGCGCCGUCCCACGUUCCUUAUCCGGGCCGGGAGCGGCAGUAGCUGGGCGGGUCAGUGGCACUUUGUCGGUAGCCGAAGUGGCUUCCUCUGCCCUGGGAGGCCGGUUGUGUAGCGAGUGAGAUCAGACGGCAAGCACUGUGCUCGGGCAGCGCCCGUAACCCUCCAUGGGAUGAUGCGGCUGGGAAGCCCCCGGGAUAGCGCUCCCACUGGCCGAGGCAUGAGAUUCUUCUUCCCCGGGAGAGAUGGCUAGCGGCGGCGGCUCCGGCUCAGCCCGGUCCUCUAUAACUUCCGGAGCAGCGUCCCAGCCGCGCAAGAAGCUGCUGACCAUCUGCGAGCAGUGUAAGAACAAGAUGCAGCUGGUGGCCGACCUGCUCCUUCUGUCCAGCGAGCCGCGGCCUGUCAGCCCGGAGAGUUCGCUUCAGUUCGGAGAAACCUUCGAGAAGUGUCGGGACACGGUGAUCGCCCGCACCAAAGGCCUGUCCAUCCUCACUCACGAUGUGCAGAGUCAGCUGAACAUGGGCCGCUUCGCAGAGGUGGGAGACACGGUGCAGGAGAUGGGCGACUUGCUGGUGUCUCUGAUCGAGCUGUCGGCGCACGCCGCUUAUCUGGCUGCCGUGGAGGUGCCCGGCUCUCAGGCCGCUCAGGCCGGGCUUGUGGACCGCUACAAAGUGACCCGAUGCCGGCACGAAGUGGAGCAGAGCUGUGCCACCCUACGGAGCGUGCCUUUGGCCGAACUGACCCCGCAGCUGCUGCUCGAAGUCUCCCAGAACCUGUCCAGGAACCUGAAGACUCUGACGGACGCCAGCGUAGCGGCCAGCGACAAGUCCCGCGACAAGUUUGCUAAGGAGCAGUUCAAGCUGGGGGUGAAGUGUAUGAGCACCAGCGCCUCCGCGCUCCUCGCCUGCGUCAGAGAAGUCAAGACCUCCCCCAGCGAACUGUCGCGGAACCGCUGCGCGCUCUUCAGUGGGCCCCUGGUGCAGGCCGUGCACGCGCUGGUGGGCUUUGCCACAGAACCCCAGUUCCUCGGAAGAGCCGCCAUUCUGAACCCAGAGGGCAAAGCUGUGCAGACGGCCAUCCUAGGAGGUGCCAUGAGUGUGGUGUCUGCCUGUGUGCUCCUCACCCAAUGCCUCAGGGAUAUAACGCAGCUCUCUGACAGCAGCAGCAAGAUGACUGACUACAAGGACCGGCUCAGGAGCUCGGCCUGCGCUGUCUCUGAUGGCUGCAAUCUGCUCUCUCAGGCGCUGAGGGAGAGGUCGUCGCCCAGGACUCUGCCGCCAGUCAACUCCAAUUCUGUGAAGUCACUCUAGACUGGGGGUGCCCCGAAACCUUACCAAAGAAAGAGGGGGGUGUAGUGAACAGCUGUGGCAAGAGAGUGCUGUAAAGCCCCCCAUUAUUACCAUUACAGGGCAGCAGUCAGAUAGUAAUUGCAAUAUAGCAUUUGCUUCGGUUUUCAGGUUCAACACCAUUCGCUGCAUUCCCCCUAAAUGUUUGUAACCCCCCCCAGGCAGUCCAGUGCAGAGAUUGAAUGGAAUCUGUCGUACUGAAUGAAAUGUCCAUUGCAGGUUAUAUCUGCAGAGAGUGGUGCUUAUAAUGAGGCAGUGAUGUCCAACAUGCAGCCCCCGGUGUUAGAGCCCAGCUCCUAGCGGCCACUGAGGGACAAUGAAAGGAGUCACAAGGCCUCUUACACUAUAAACUUGUCUUCCAUCUGAUCACUUUCAGUAGAUGCUUCUUUGAAAUGAAGUGAUCAAGAGGUUCUGUUCCCACUAUGUGAUCAGUUUGAUUGUGAGGGAAGGGCAAAACGCUGCAGCUUCACCUGACCCAAGCUGCGAGUGCAAGAAUUGCACCCUCAGACUCACUAUGGAGUUGUAUAUAAAUCGCUUACAAUUAGAUUGGAUGGGAAGCGGAUUGUGUAAAACUACAUAGUUUGGCUAGCUGCAUUCACGUUGCAGGGUCCGAUGGCUGCAGCAUCCCCCAUUUUCAGUAUGAAAUAGACCCAAAUCAGGGAUAUCCAACCCCCCAUCCUCCAACUGGGGUCAAGUAAAACUCCCUGCAUCCUACAGUAGCAGAAGUGUUUUAAAGGAUGCUGGGAGUUAUGGUCCAGCUGGCGGGCUGCUGGUGGGACAUCCCUACCAUGAAGAAUUAAUCACGCUGCACAUUAGCAGACUUGAAGGGGUUUUGCUGUUUUUUAAACUGAAUGUUUGCGUCUUAUUCUGAUGUGUGUUGUGGGGAUAAGUAAUAUGGUUUUGUUUGGUCGU